UCGCUCAGAAACAUACCUCGGGUGCAGGUAUUCGACAGUCCUCGGUGCUUAUUUCUAUAACUUUUGUAAAAAAUUUACAAAUUGAUCUGUCAGUUUUGUUAUUGUUCACGGUUUUUUUCAACAAACUACUACUUUUUCUCAAUACAUUUCGUAAAGUCAAGGAAAGGAAAGAUAAAAGUAAAUAUAUUAUAAAAAACAUGGGUAUGACACAAAGACCGUGGACACCAACAAAGAGACGAGGUCCUAUCGCUGCAGAAUACAAUAGUCCUGGUCCUGCUUGUGUAACAUUACCCCCGUUGAUCGGAAAAAUUGUUCCCGAUUCCAAACGAGGUAGAGCUCCUGCUUUCUCAUUUGGAAGCAGACAUGCAACGAAAAAUGAUAGCCCUGGACCGGGUCCUGGUCAAUACAAUAUUUUCGGACUUAGCGCGAAAGGAAAAGAUGCAGCACCAGCAUCAUCGUUACAUAGCCGCACGAAAUUCACGAAACAGGAAAUCACACCAGCGCCUGGUGAUUAUAAUCCAGAAAAGGCAGAAAAGAUUAUUUUGGAUCACUCACCAAAAUACUCAUUUGGCAUCAAAACUCAAACUGAAAAAAUUAGUUGUACACCUGCGCCGAAUGACUAUUGCAUCGAAAAAGUGAAUAUCGACAAAUCGCCCGAGUACAGUUUCGGCUUGAAAUCUGUACUGGACAAACCAAGCGAUAUACCUGCACCUGGAACUUAUCAUCCCGAAAAGGUAAGAUUGGACAAUACACCGCAAUACAGUUUUGGAGUUAGGCCUCCUCUCGUAAAACCGAGUGAUAAUCCAGCACCAGGUAUGUAUUGUCCGGAAAAUGUAAAACUGGAUAGAACGCCGCAAUUUACUUUUGGACUGAGGACUCCCCUUGAAAAAAUAAAUGAUACUCCAGCACCAGGAACUUAUGCUCCUGAAAAAGUAAAUCUUGAUAAAGCACCACAAUAUACUUUUGGAUUAAGAACAUUUCUUGAUAAACCAAAUACUAAUCCAGCACCUGGAGAUUAUUGUCCAGAAAAAAUAAAUUUGAAUAAAGGUCCAGAAUAUAGUUUAAGUGGUAAGGGACUUUCUGAAAAACCAAAUAAUAUUCCUGCACCUGGAACAUAUAGUCCUGAGAAAGUAAAUUUAAAUAAAGGUCCACAAUAUAGUUUGUAUGGGAAAGGGAUUUCAGAAAAACCAAACAAUAAUCCAGCACCAGGAACAUAUAGUCCUGAGAAAAUGAAUUUAGACAAAGGUCCUCAAUUCAGUUUAUCUGGUAAAGGAUUACCAAAAAAGUUUAAUGAAAAUCCAGGCCCUGUUGAUUACUAUCCAGAGAAAAUAGUAAAUUUGGAACAUAAACCUUAUUUCAGUUUUGGUAAUAGAAAACCUUUGGAUAAGCCUAAAGAUACACCAGCUCCUGGUACUUAUUCUCCAGAAAAAGUUAAUUUAGAUAAAUCACCACAAUAUUCAUUUGGUUUAAAAACAUCUUUAAAAAAAAAUAAUGAUAUACCUGCUCCAGGAAGUUACCAUCCUGAAAAGGUAAAUUUAAAUAAAUCACCCCAAUAUAGUUUUGGAAUUAAGACUGAAAUACAUGAAACAAAUUCUAUACCAGGUCCUGGUGAAUAUAGUCCAGAGAAAGCUAUGCUUUUAUUAGAAAAAGCAUUGCUAUUUACUUUUGGUCUUAGAACAAAUAUAAAUAAAUCAAAUGAUAUUCCAGCUCCAAAUGUUUAUAAUAUUCCUUCUACUCUCGGCGGAACAAAGGAAGGAAAUAAAAAAACAGCACCAGCUUAUUCAAUAUCUGGUAGACAAAAAGAUUCUACUGAUGAUCGCAUUUUAGUUCCUGGACCUGGAACAUAUGAAGCUGUUAAACCGGAUUCAGUUAGAAUAAAAAGUCCUGCUUAUAGUAUAAGUGCUCGUUAUCAACUGCCUGACGAUCAUUCGCAGAUUCCAGGACCUGGUGCACAUUGUCCAGAAAAAGUAAUUCUUGACAUUCCUCCAGCACAUUCAUUUGGUAUUAGACAUUCGCCGUACAUAUGCAAUUUGAAGGACACCGUUUAUUAAUAUAAGAAAUUUUAUGUAAUUCAGCUUUAAUCAUUAUUUUAUUUUAUAAAUAAAUUAAUAAUAUAAUGAUCAAUAUAUAACAAAAUAGCAACAUAAAAUAAUGAGCA